AUGGCUGCGUCGGUCAUCACUGUGCUGUUCCUGUUCUCCUGUCUACUGCAGUCUGCCUCUGCAGAUCUACAGGAACAACAGGUAACAGCACAUCCUGGACAGACUGUCACUCUGUCAUGUCGAGCUCCAAACAACGUCAUCAUAACAGCUGUUGAGUGGAUCAUAUCUGACAGAUACGUCUACUUGAAGGAAGACGGGCACCUGAACACAGCAAACCAGGAUCCAUCUUAUGUGAACCGGGUGCAGCUGAAGGACGAUGAGAUGAAGAACGGUGACCUGUCUCUGAUUCUGAAGAACGUGAACAGCAAAGAUAAAGGAAGAUAUGAGUGUCGUUAUGAGGAGAAAGGAAGCUGGAAGAGAGCUGAUCAGAUUAAACUCACCGUCAUCCUGGAUGCUGGAGACCUACAGCUACAACCGAUAAAAGAGAUAACAGUACAUCCUGGAGAUGAUGUCAGUCUGCCAUGUCGGGCUCCAAACUACAUCACCAUAACAACUGUUGAGUGGAGCAGAUCUGGCCUCAACAAACGUGUCUUCUCCCAGCGAGAUGGGAACCUGAACACAGCAGGCCAGGAUCCAUCUUAUGUGAACCGGGUGCAGCUGAGGGACGAUGAGAUGAAGAACGGUGAACUGUCUCUGAUUCUGAAGAACGUGAACAGCAACGAUGGAGGAACAUACGAGUGUCGCUAUAAAGAGGAGAGAGGAAGAAACUUGGAGACAGCUGAUCAGAUUAAACUCACUGUCAUCCCGGUUGCUGGAGGAUUCAGCACAUUGACUUGUAAAUAA